AUGGCUGUGGAGUGCGGACGGUGGCGAGAGCGACGAUGGCGGCCACACGACUUUACGUCCGAGGCCGGCUUCAACUGGUGGUACGAGGGUUACACGGUCACGUCUGACGACUGGGAGUGCGCCCUCGACCAAGAGUCGCUCGACGUGCCCUCUGACCUCGAGAAGCGACCCCUGCACACGGAGCAACAUGCUAAGGCGUCGCACGACGCGCUCCUCGAGGUCAACCCGGACGAGCGGCCGUUUGUGCUCAUGCGCAGCGCGACGGCCGGAGCCAUGCGGUACGGGCCAAUAGGCUUUCGCUUAACGCUGGCCUCAGCCUGCUGCACUGCUACGGGCACGAAAUUGGCGGGCGAGGGCCCGCAGCCGUCGCCCGUGCUGUUGCGCUGGGUGCAGCCGCGCAUCUACUCGCCGCGCUUCGUCAUCAACUGCUUUAAGACGGGCAGCGAUAACAGCUCUCUAGAGCCACUAGUCGGCGGCGGCGCCUACUUCCUGGGCGACUCGCUGCUCGUCGGCGGCCACCUCGCCGCGGGGCAGUGGGUCGACGUCGACGCAGAGUGGCACGGCGCCGGCAUCCCGGUGCUCGGUAAGGACAACGUGGCGAACCUGCCGCUGGACGACUACCGCGCGGUCGAGGUCUUCCCGCUGCCGGGCGCCCCAGGGGCGGCAGGUGGCAACGAGACGACGUGGUACGAGGACGACGGCGUCAUGGUCGUGACGAAGAAUAAAGUGUCGUCGCACACGAUCGGAUACACGGCGACUGUGGCUGGGAUCCGGGUGAGGUUCGCGAGGUCAAGGCGCAGUGGCAGAGCUUUGUGGUGGUACUACCGCCGGGAGAUCUGA